CUCAGCUGCGCUCGUUGCAGGAGGAGAUGGACAGUCUGGAGGAGGAGAAGGAGAGUGAGCUGGAGGAGGUGCAGGAUGAGCUUCGGUCCGCUCAGGAGGAGGUGCUGAUGCUGCAGCAGGCGGCCGAGGAGGCGGCGGCCGAGAGGGAAAACGACAUCGCCUCCCUGCAGGAGGAGCUGUGCCGGCUGAGGGCGGAGCUACAGCGGCUCCACGCCACGGCGCAGGAAUACGAGCUGGAGAUCACCACGCUGAGGGCCGAGAUCAGCAUGAAGAGCAGCAGCGCAG